CUUGAAAUGUGGGUAGCACUUUUGGAGGAUCUUGAGGUUGUUAAGAAGGUCGCAUACGAUCACGAGCCGCGACCUCACAGGAGGUCAGAGACGGUGGGCCAGCAGGGCGACAAUAGGCGGAUGGCUUGCGUGUCGAUAAGUGCAUUUUUUUUUCUCCACGAUUCCAGCAGCACAUGAGCCGAGAGCGGUUUUUCGAAGAUUCUGCGCUCGCUCAUCCAUUCGUCGGGGGGAUCUAUACCAUGCGCCACCGCAUGAAAAGGCCUUGUCUCAAUUACAUUGAUACCCUGGGGAGGAUCAUUCGCGUCCUCUCGGUAAGAAGCGAUCGAGGAGCAAGAAGGAAGCAUGCCACACAGCGAACAGCGCAUGACACUUUUGGCUCUGGUUCCAUCUCGACGGCAACUUGAUUGAAGGCAGCAGGAGUACUCCGUAUUCAAGACUCGAUCCAGGAGGCAAAGCUAGUCUUUUCAUUUAGGGGCCAAACGGACCACCAGGAUCGAUUCCACCCAAGCUUACCAACGCGCUUGUUCUCUGUCACGAGUGUUUGGCAAGGGGUAGUGGAGAUGAGUCUGUGCAGAUCACACAAAGAGUCUUCAGGCCGAGCAAAGAUCCUCGCUCGCACCAGCACAACUACAUCCAGCAUGCACUGGCGCCCGACGUUUCCGCUGGCCUUUCCGGGCUAUAGCCCCAGCAGUACGGUCACACAAGAGCGACGGCCUUGAAUUCGUUUCUGUGUGUGUUGCGUUCGUGUUGGCAGCGAACAGGAGGCGAAACACGAGUCCAGGGGAGCGAAUGUCUAUUUCUGACCCAUUGGGCCCAUGCUAGUCGAGCCAAGGCCGUUGGAUUUUGUAACGACCAGACGCACAAGGCGCUGGGCCUCGGACCACAGACAACCCCAAACACCUGGCUAGGCCUCUUGCAAGCCCCCAAUUUCCCGAUUUUGUGUGGAAACCGUUCAUGCAGCGAAUCACAAAGUCUCCAUUCAGGCAUCGGCCUGGCUUCGACCGGUGAGAUCAGCACCCAGCACGAGAUGGCGGGCUCGUAUCGUGAAGCCGCCUCGACUUCAACGCUUCUCUCAUAAGGACGGUCUUCCCUGCGUCCUCAAGCUUGUUCUGGUUCCAACAUAUUGAUCGCUCUUUCUUUAAUCCCCUGCGGGUCUUUCUUCACUACUUUCGUCUCUGUACUUCUCGCUGCUCUCUUCUUACUCCACCUUCAUUGUGCAUCUGCACCGGAGAGCGACCCAGUUCUGAUCGAUAUACUUUCGCAGGAGAAGCGCAUAUCCAAUAAAGACAUCAUGAAGUUUUCCAUCAUCCUCUCCUCCGUCGCAGCUUUUGCUGCUGCUGCCGUUGACCCUCUCACCGUCACCUCGCUGAAUGCCGCUCAGUCUGCGGCCUUUUUCAGCGCUGAGCAACAGCUCAUCCAGUCCUUGACCAACGGACCAGAUUUCACGUCCAUCCUCCUGGAGGUCGCAACUGAGACUGCUGCUCUCGCCGCUUUCACCUCCGCCGCCGCCGCUCUCACUGCCGGAGUCCCAACUGGCUCUGCCGUCAUUGACGCCGCAAAGUCGCUCAUCAGUGUUCUCCCAUCCGGUGUCGCUUCGUACUACAACAGCAUCUUGUCCGCCGAGCUUUCGAUUGCAUCCUCUGUUGUGAACGACAAGGGGCUAGCCACCGGUGGCUCUGCCCAAGGCGUUGCGACAACUGGCGCUGCAACUAGCACCAGUUCUGGCAGCGGAGCUGUCCCAACCGCUGGUGUCGUAAAGGCUGCCGGGGUUGCUGUGGGCAUUUUCGCGGGUGCUGUCGCGAUGCUAUAAAUUGGCAAAAAGAGGAGAGUGGUCUGUGGCGGGAGAAUCUGGAAUCGAGUGUUGAAAAUGAGGCUAAUUGAUUGCUCAUUGCCUUCAUUAUGCUUAUUCAGCAGCAACGGCAUGCUAAGUGACUGGUAUCUGACGCAAUAAAACAUCAGCAAGAACCAUUGCGGAUUGUGCAGUUUGUUUCAGCCCCUAUCUGAGAAAUGCCGUAUUCAGGGUCUCGCAAGUAGAUGGGGGGGCUAGCAAUGGUUGUGAUAUUGCUAUUUCCUGCUUGUGAGAGAGCACAAUAGGCGCUUCUCUAAUGGAGUCUCCGUCCAACCGUGCUGGCGAGCUGUUUCAAACCUCAGCAAGCACAGCGGUUCUUGCUGGACGCAACAAGUAGAAGCAAAUAUAUGUGACUUAAUUACUAUACCAUGCACAGUCUGGCGGCGCCGCUUCGUCUUUGUUUUCGAAUGGAUCCGCGAUACAGAUGGAAGUGGUAGGCAGAAUUCCGAAACCUUGCCC